AUGUCCGGGAAGAACGAGCAGCCCAAUGAGGCCGAGAAGAACAUUGAGAUCUGGAAGGUCAAGAAGCUCAUCAAGCGUCUCGAGGCCGCCCGCGGAAAUGGCACAUCCAUGAUUUCGCUCAUCAUCCCCCCCAAGGACCAGAUCUCGCGCGCCGCCAAAAUGUUGGCUGAAGAGUUUGGCACUGCCUCCAACAUCAAGUCCCGCGUCAACCGUCUCUCUGUCCUGUCCGCCAUCACAUCGACCCAGCAGCGUCUGAAGCUCUACUCAAAGGUCCCUCCCAAUGGCCUCGUUGUCUACUGCGGUGAAAUCAUCACCGCCGAAGGCAAGGAGCGCAAGAUCAACAUUGACUUUGAGCCCUUCAAGCCCAUCAACACCUCGCUAUACCUGUGUGACAACAAGUUCCAUACCGAGGCCCUGAGCGAACUGCUCGAGUCUGACCAAAAGUUUGGUUUCAUCAUCAUGGACGGAAACGGUGCUCUUUUCGGCACUCUGUCAGGAAACACGCGUGAAAUUGUCCACAAGUUCUCGGUCGACCUUCCUAAGAAGCACGGUCGUGGUGGUCAGUCCGCUCUGCGUUUCGCCCGUCUGCGUGAAGAAAAGCGCCAUAACUACGUCCGCAAGGUCGCCGAAUUGGCUGUCCAGAACUUCAUCACCGCCGACAAGGUCAACGUUGCUGGGAUCAUUCUCGCUGGUUCUGCCGACUUCAAGAACGACCUCAACCAGUCGGACCUCUUCGACAACCGUCUGCAGUCCAAGGUCAUCAAGGUUGUCGAUGUGUCCUACGGAGGCGAAAACGGUUUCAACCAGGCCAUUGAACUUGCAGGCGAGACUCUGAGCAACGUCAAGUUCAUUCAAGAAAAGAAGCUCAUCAACGAGUACUUUGACCACAUCUCCAAGGACUCUGGAAAGGUCUGCUACGGUAUCGACGAUACCUUGAAGGCCCUUGAGGCUGGUGCGGCCGAGACUCUGAUUGUCUUUGAAAACUUGGAAAUCACUCGAUGGGUUCUUAAAAGCUCUGCCGGUUCCGAGAUUAUUCUCCACACUACAAAGCUCCAAGAAGAAGACCGAAGCAUCUUCAUGGACAAGGAAACCGGACAAGAGAUGGAAGUCAUUGAUCAGGGUUCCAUGCUCGAGUGGCUUGCCGAAAAGUACCGCGACUUUGGUGCCAACCUCGAAUUCGUCUCGGACCGUUCUUCCGAGGGUAACCAGUUCGUCAAGGGCUUUGGUGGUAUCGGUGCCAUCCUGCGUUAUGCCCUCAACUUUGAACAGCUUGCCGAGGUCGACGACGAUGAAGACGAGUUCUACGAUGAUUGA